GGCGGAUAGCGUCAGUGGUCAGUUUGUUAUACUGUGACUCGAUCGAGUUAAUAAUCAGCGUUUCGUUCUUUACUGGUCAAUUUAAGAUGGACAAUUUUAUGAACAGGCAGAAAAAUGCUAACUCACCAAGUGUAAGUGAUGGUCAGUCUAGGCCUAGUUUUAGUGAUAACAUGUAUGAAAAUGAAGGCAAAGGUAUUGUCGAGAGUCGUAGCAACAAAAAACGCUGUUCCAGGAAAAAAAUAUCGCAGUUAUCGUCCCUAUGAAACCAGCAACUUCCAUGGAUCAGUCAGAUACAAUAAGAUAAUGGCUAGCACAGACACGACGGAAACCCCUUCUUCUGACGCGGGGGAUGCUCAAGGAUUGCGUUACAAUGGUUCUCCAGCAUUAUUUGCAAGAAUGCCAGCAGAAAUUGAUGCAGUGUAUUAUAGAAUGUCUCACAAGAAAAGAGGGCUUGCGGUGAUUUUCAAUCAUGAAAAUUUUGAUAUUCAAAGUUUGAAGUCACGUGCAGGAACCAAAGUAGACCGUAACAACCUCAGCGAGUCUCUCUCGAAACUUGGAUUUGAGGUCAAAGUAUAUGAUGAUCUCACAUACAAGUCUGUCAAAGAAAUUGUUGAAGAAGCUGCACGCUAUGACCAUAAUGAAUGUGACUGCUUUGUCAUGGCUGUGCUGUCACAUGGAGAGAUGGGCAUUUUGUAUGCCAAGGACACAGCAUACAAGCCUGAGUUUCUCUGGACACAUUUCACUGCAGAUAGGUGUCCCAGCUUAGCUGGAAAACCAAAAUUAUUCUUCAUUCAGGCAUGCCAGGGUGACAAGUUAGAUGGCGGGAUUACACUGAGAACGGAAACAGAUGGUGCCCCACUUUCAUAUAGGAUUCCAACGCAAGCAGACUUCCUGAUAGCAUAUUCGACAGUUCCAGGAUACUACUCAUGGCGCAACACUACCUACGGCUCAUGGUUCAUGCAGGCCCUCUGCUGGGAACUCCAGAGUCGAGGAACGAAACUUGAUAUUCUGACACUGUUGACAUUUGUGUGUCAGCGUGUUGCAAUAGACUUCGAAUCCAAUACACCUAAUAAUGAGGUUAUGCAUAGGCAGAAGCAAAUACCGUGCAUCACAACAAUGCUGACAAGAUUAUUGCGUUUUGAGGAGAAGAAGUAAUAUAGCUUUAGUUAUAGAAUUUGUGUUUGUAAAAAAUUUUUUUUUUUUGUGAUGCAGAGAUGCAGCAAAUGCUGUAACAGUUCCAGGUUUGAUGAUGUGUAAGAAAUUGCACAUUAAAAAGUGCAAACUGUCAGUUUCAUUAUUUUGAGAAUAGAGGGAAUUUUUGCCCGUAUAUUUUUUAUACAAUAGCCUUUUUUUUUUAAAAAAAAAAAGAAAUUGUAAAAACAUGAAUUUACAAAUUGGCUACAAUAGUUUGUAUGGUAAGGAAAUAUUGUUGGUGUUAACACUUACCAGAGUACUUUAAAUUUGAGCCUUUUUUCUGUGGAAAGUAUUUCAUCCAUGCAUCUCCUCGUUUGUUUAUCACAUUAGUGAAACUUUCAUGCUUCUAUCACAAUAUUUGGUACUUUUCCUAUGAAACAAAGAAAAUGUACUGGAUAGUAUGGAAAGAAACAGGCCAUGAAAAAAUGUUACAGUAUUGCAUAUUCUGGAGCCCGAAGAUUUCAUAAUCUUAUUGACUACUGUAAAAGUUCCUGCAGUUUGUCAUUUUUGUUCCAAUUACCUGUGUUGGAAUGUUGGUAAUUAGAAUACAGACUGCCUCAUUCAGCAACACACACUUUUAGUUGUGAUUUAUGCUCUGUAAAAUGCUCAAACUUUGAAAUGUAUGUGUAUUUAUUGGUACUGGUUGUGACGUAUCACGUAAUUCACUAAACAUGUUCCCAGUAGUGUUUGUAUGCUGUUCUCGAUCAUAUUUAGUUUAUCUCCUUUUAAUAUAAUUGUGUGUGAACAAAAAAACUUUUGUUUCAAACACACAGCUAAUUGUUUUCUCACUUUUUUGUUUUUAGUAAUACCAUUCACAAUUAACUGGUUUAUUUUAAGUAAUAUGAUACAAUGUGAUAUAAAAGUACAAAAAAUACAGUUGUGGUGCCUUUGGAAAUAUCUAUAGAACAGUGUGUUUGUAUAUUUAUUUUUUCAUACUUAACUAAAUAAAAACUGUGAAUAAAUUAUUGUGCAUACUUUUUAACUCUUUUUUAAUAGAUUUCUAGUGCUUAAUGUCCG